AUGCCGGCCGGGAGAGCAGCAGCAGAAGCAACACCAGCAACAGCACCCGCCAAAGAGAGGCCAGCAGGAGUUUCGGCAGAAGCUGAUAUUGGAGCUGUUUUAACGACAGCAUCAGGAGUUGUAACAGUGGCUAACGUGAAAAGGCAUGAGCAAUCGACGCGGCAUUUGGAAAAUGCGCGACAGCAGCUCAAGGACGCGUAUCAACGACACCAGGAGAAGGAAAAGCACGAGCGGAUGUUGGAAAGGGAGCUGCAGCAGAUGGAGGCUGCUGCCGCUGCUGCCAUGCGAAAGGAUGAGGCACAGCUGACAUCUCGCGGAGCCGGAGGCCCCCCUAGAGGGCUUGGUCCCUCAGCCUACGAACAGCUUCAGGCGCAGCGGGAAGAGAAGGCAAGAAUCCAACAGUUUUACGAUCAGAGGAAUUCACAAGCCUCAGGUGCAGCACAGGCGGCUGUCGACACUGUCAGCCAAGCCAGCAGCAGCAGCAACAACGGCGACGCCUGGGAGUUUGUCACGGACCAGGGGCUUCCUUUUUUCCGGAAUAAGAUAACUGGGGAGGUUUCUUGGACGCCACCCCCGGGGGCCAGUUACCUUGCAGCGUCGGCAGCAGCAACGGCCGCCGCUGCUGCUGUACCUGCAGCGGUCGCUGCAGCUAGCGCUGCAACUACAGCCGCUGCUCCGUCACGCCCCACCCUGCGGAUCCUUUCGGUGAAAAAGCCUGUGAAAAAGGAACAGCCCGGAGGGGCGGCACCCGUAUCUCCGCCUACUGCUGCAGCAUCGAAUGCCGCAGCACCUACUGCUGCAGCACCCACGGGUGCAGCACCCACGGCUGCAGCACCUACAACGCCUGCUGGCUCUGAAAGACCUAUGGGCGGUGCAUGUGCAGGCCCUGCUGCAGCCGUUGUGAAGUCUGCUGCUAGUGAAUCAUCACCGACUAAUGCUUCUAUAGCGCCAGCCCAUGCUGCGCGUACUGCAAGUGCUCCUGAUACCCGUGAUUGGGUUGGCGUUGCUGCUGAUGCACCAGGUGCUGAUGCCCCUGCUGCUGCAGGUGCGCCUGUUUCCGACGCAGCUUCUUUACCUGUUAAAUGUGAAAUGCCUGACUUCAUCCCUUCGAACAGCAGCAGGACGAACAGCGGCAGCAGUGCUAUCCCUGCUGGUUACGUGUUCAAGAACGGCCACAGGGGCCUUGGCUUCUAUAGGGACCGACCGCUACAGCAGCACCGCCGCCACCAGGAUGAGCAGCAGCGGCGGGGCCCUUGCAGCCGCCCGCUGCAGCACCAGGGGUGGCACGCACAGCAACAGCAACAGCGGAACACCCAGCAGAUACAGCAGCACAAGCAAAAUUGGCAGCAGCAGCAGCAGCAGCACAUGCAGCAUGAGCGACAACGGCAGAAGGAACUAACGACUCCCUGCAAGCGGCCUCGGGAAGAGGCAGACGGAGAAGCUGUUUCCCCGCCAGUAGAUGCUGCUGCUGCCAUUGCUGCUGCAGCAGCCGAAGCUGCAGCAGCAGCGGCGACUCUCUGGGGAUCUGGGGAACCAGCCACUGAGGGAAACGACAGCAUCAGCAGGAAGGGUGGGACAGCAGCAUGUGCAAUAGAAGCUGAGGAGGGCCUCACUGGGGCCCCAGCAGACGCCCUCCGUGGGUCCCAUAGGGCAACGGCUGAUGAAAAUGAUCGUGUGGCUAAUGAUGACAGCCGCAUAUCAGACGAGCGAUCUGGAGGGGACAGUGACAGUUCGGAAGAGUCAGAAGGUGAAACGGAGGAUUCAACAGAUGCCGCUGCGGCAGGAGAACCAGCUGCGGCAACAUCGCAGAGGCAGGUUGUGCAUGCUACUGAGGGCCCUGUAAUCGGUCCUUGGGUGGAAGCGAAGGAAGAUGGUUGGGAUGCUAUCGCCCGCAGGCAGAAGCAGGAACAAGAGCAGUUGCUGGCGCUGCAGCAACAACAGGAGGAAGCGUUGGAGCACGACGACGAGCGGCAAGUGAAUGCUGGUGUGGAACAACUACGGCGACUACGAGCCCAAGUGAAGCGUCGGGGCGUUCACCACGACUUCUCAUGGCAGAAAGACGUGGAGGCAGAGUAUAGCAGCUGCAGCAACGGCAGCAGCAGCACCAGCGGGCAGAGCAUUGAGAUUCGCAAUCGUCAGCGCCCUGCUGCCUCCCGGCAGCAGCAGGAGACCGAGUGA